GUGGGAGAUACUGUUUAGUACAGCCUCUGCAUAAAUGUCACCACACAUUCAAGAUAAUUAGCUCGCAAGCCGCAAUGUCAGCAAGCAACGCAAAGAUCGUCUCGAUAGAGCCACUGGACUCCAAAGAUGCCAGGUGGCUGCAGCUCGUCAAAGUAAACUACACGGAUCCAAACAACAAUGCUCGAACCUGGGAGGCAACCCGCCGCACGACAAAGCCCAGCACCAGCGCGGUGGACUCGAUCCACAUCAUCGCCGUCCUCAACAAGCCCGACCCUCUCGACACCGGGCAGGCAGUUCCGCAUAUCCUGCUCGAGAAGCAGUUCCGGCCGCCCGCCGGCAAGGUCACGGUCGAGUUCCCUGCCGGGCUGGUGGACGAGGGCGAGACUGCCGACGAGGCCGCGGUGCGGGAGCUCCGGGAGGAGACGGGCUAUGUUGGGACUGUCGUGCCAGACCCUGCGGCGGGGGCGAGGAGGAUGAUUGUUCACGGGUCACCUGCUUCAUCAAGCUCAUGCACCUACAUGAUCCACAUGACCAUCGACCCUUCCCUGCCCGAGAACCAGAACCCGACCCCGAAGCUCGAGCCAGACGAGUUCAUUGAGUGCUUCUGGGUGCCCCUGCGCGACCUCCCCGCCGAGCUGCGCAAACUCGAGGCUCCGGCCCCGGCCUCGUCUGCUGCUGCUACGGAGGCGGCUACUACUACUACUACAACUGGCGCGGUAAUGUUGACCAAAGGCGGCAGCGGCGGCGGCUGUGCUAUUGAUGGCAAGGUCGCCAGUUUUGCAGAGGGCUUGAGCGUCGCUUGGGCGUGGGGGCUUUGAUUUCUCCGCUUGCGUGGGAAAGAGUGGGAGAUGAUAUAAAGAAGGGAGGGGGGAAAGGGUUCUCGAGGGCAUGUAAAAUGAUAUAGAGGGUCUUGAUGGGCAGGGACCUGUAUGAGCCCGGGCUACCCGGCUGGGAGAUCCUCUGGGUCGGUAGUCUCUAUGGAGGUUCAACUCUGCUCGUGAGUGGAAAAGAAGGC